AUGGCCAUGCGGGACACGGCAGCGCAGCGCCUCAAGCCCCAGGGCCAGGCGCGCAUCCACGUCCAGCACGGCGGGCAGUCCGGCCGCAAGGUGGUGGAGCUCCGCAACGUUACCCACGGCUACGGCGCCGAGCCGCUGAUCCGGAACCUUUGGCUCCGCAUCAUGCGCGGCGACCGCAUCGGGCUCAUCGGCAACAACGGCGUCGGCAAGAGCACGCUGCUACGCAUCCUCGUGGGCGAGAUCACGCCCAACUCCGGGACCGUGGAGCCGGGCGCGAAUCUCGAGAUCGGCUAUUUCGAUCAACUGCGGCGGGAGCUCGACCCCGACAAGACCGUGGCCGAGACCGUGGCGGACGGCCGCGACCAUGUAAUGGUGAACGGUAAACCGCGCCACGUCAUCGGCUACCUCAGCGGCUUCCUCUUCAGUCCCAAGCGGGCCAUGAGCCCGCCGGCGAACCUGCUGAUCCUGGACGAGCCCACCAACGACCUCGACAUCGAGACCCUGGAGGUGCUGGAAGAGCAGCUUGUGGCCUACCGGGGCACGCUGCUGGUGGUCAGCCACGACCGCAUCUUUCUCGACAACUGCGUCACCAGCACCCUGGUGUUCGAGGAUUUGGGCCGGAUUCAGCCCUACGCCGGCGGCUACAGCGACUGGGCCAGACGCGGCAAGGCCCUGAACGUCACCGACGACCCCAAUCGCAAAGGCGUCCGGGAACCGGCCCGGGACCGGCGCGAGACGAAGUCACGCCCCAACAAGCUGAGUUACAAGCUGCAAGUGGAGCUGGACGGGCUGCCGGACCGCAUCGAGGCCAUGGAGCAGGCCGUGUCCGCGCUGGAGGAGAAGACCCACCAGCCGGACUUCUACGCGCAGCCCUUCGCCAACGUCCAGCCGGUCCUGGACGAGAUCAAGGCCGCGAAGGAGACUCUCGACCAGGCCCUGGAGCGCUGGACCGAGCUGGAGACCCUGAAGGAGGAGGCGGAGCGGACCCUUCCUCGUAGGUCGGAUUAG